UUCAUUCAACUUGUUGAAGUGCUCCUACUGCAGCCUGGAGAGAAGUCUGUGCUUGGACUGUGGCUUCGCGAGAGUCUGGAUUCAUCCAGCAGUGAUCUUGAUUGUGGACUAUAACUUUUUAACAUGGACUGAUUUAAUAAAAGUCUUGGCAAUAUGGCAAAUGCAGACAGUGAGGUCAAAACGUUGCUGAAUUUUGUAAAUCUGGCAUCCAGCGACAUCAAGGCGGCCUUGGAUAAGUCAGCUCCAUGCAGACGCUCCGUGGACCACAGGAAAUAUCUGCAGAAACAACUGAAGCGUUUUUCUCAGAAGUACUCCAGAGUCCCAAGAUGCCACACGCACAGGUCUGCAGAGUAUGGGUGUGCCAAACCGAUGGGGACUGUUCACCAGAGUAUGAAGGUCGCAGAAAAGGCCGGUUCAGAUGCGCAAAAUGUGGAGAACGCGGGGAGCGCUGUGGAGCAGGUGCCUAUGAGGAAACGCCAACUACCAGCCUCUUUCUGGGAGGAACCCAAGUUGACCCAGACUAAGAGGGAGCACUCACAUUUAGGAUUGAAAAAGAGCCCCGCAGACACAAGUGAGAAUGGAGAAAAUGAAAAGAGGAAAAGAGGUUAUGAUGAUGAUGCAAAGCCCACAUUGUCUGCGUCCAGUCGACGCAGCUCUGCGGACAAAGAGACGCUGAAAUUGGACCUGACCUCUCACCACUGUGUGAGUGUGUGCGGCUGCUGCCCGUUCCAGUAUCACGGACACCAGGUCCUCCACAGUCACAUUGUUGUCCCCCAUCCGCCUCUGGGACUGUGGAGCAAGGCAGCAGGGACUGAGACAGAGAGACUUGAACAUCCUUAUGGACAGAAAAUUCACACACACGUUGUGGUUAAACCCAUACCGACCAAGCCCACCGUCCAGUCACCAAUAUUCAGUGUGUUUGGGUUCAUUUAAUUAACAUAUUAAUGGACCAAUCACAAAAAAAAAAUGUAAAUAGGACUAAUUAUUUUCAUCUUUUGUUCUACACAGCCAACUUUUUCUCUUUCAGUAUUUGAAAAUGAGACACUUCCCCAAGCACUUAUUGGAAUUAGUCAUCUAUUUUUGUUGUUUAAAUCUAAAGGACUAAAUUGCACUUGCAGAAUAACUUCAUCAUGUUCUCUUUCAUGUCAGUCUGAUGCCACCAAGUAUCUGAAAUUUGACAGUAAGUUAAAAGGUUUCUACUUUUAGGUUUCUUCAGAGCUACUUUAAAAAAAGAAAGAAGAAAAAAGCAGUCAAGGUCAUGCAAAUGAAUGAAGACAUCCUGUUUUAGUUUCCUCUUUCAACUAUGAGAAUAGAAUGUGGCACAUAGAUUGCUUCUCUUUGUCAAAGUAAUGUUUGAUAGACACAUUUGAUACAAUGAUUUUUUAUUUUUAAAUAAAUGAUUCAACUUCC